UUUGAUAAUAUUCUAUAUGAGGAUAUGGCGUAUGAUAAUAUUCUAUACGAGGAUAUGGCGUAUGAUAAUAUUCUAUACGAGGAUAUGGCGUAUGAUAAUAUUCUAUACGAGGAUAUGGCGUAUGAUAAUAUUCUAUACGAGGAUAUGGCGUAUGAUAAUAUUCUAUACGAGGAUAUGGCGUAUGAUAAUAUUCUAUACGAGGAUAUGGCGUAUGAUAAUAUUCUAUACGAGGAUAUGGCGUAUUUUUUAAGAUGA